AUGAUGAAGGACUUGAUGUCUCGCAAGUUCAACUUUCGAGACUUGGCCACUCUUACACUAACUCAGACAUGUAGUGUUGUCGUGACGAGACCCAUAGCUGAGAAGUUGUCCGAACCAGGGAGUUUCACAAUCCCAUGCACAAUAGGCAGCUAUGCUUUUGCUAAAGCAUUGUAUGAUUUGGGGGCGAGCAUAAACUUGAUGCCCUUGGCUAUCUAUAAAAGGUUAUGCAUUGGAAGAGCAAGACCCACAUCCAUGUUACUACAGCUAGCCGAUCGAACGGUGAAGAGGCCAUCAGAUUGUUGGGUUGAUGAGGAUAUUCCCAUAAUUUUGGGAAGGUCAUUCUUGGCCACUAGGAGAGCUCUAAUUGAUUGUAAAACUGGGGAGCUAAAGAUGAUACUGAACGAUGAAGAGAUAACGUUCAAUAUGCAGAAUUCUAUACGGCAACCAAGUGAAUUUGCUAACUGCUCUCUGAUAGAAGCUGUGGAUGUGAUUUUGGAGGAGGAAGAUGAGGCUUUGAACGCAAAAGAUCCUCUAGUAGCCUGCCUGAUGAAUUUAGAAGAGGUAGAUGGUGAGGACUUGGCAGAGUGGGUUUUGGCCCUUGAAGGCCAACGGUACUGGAAAAGAGAGCUCGAAUUCGAGCCUUUACACUUAGAAGAAAGAAAGACCCCUCCAGCUAAGCCAUCAAUUGAAGAGCCACCACAGUUGGAGCUAAAACCGUUACUGUCUCAGCUUAAGUAUGCUUUCUUAGGAUCGAGCUCGACUUUACCCGUUAUUAUCUCAUUUGGUUUGUUAGAUGGGCAGGUAGAACAACUUUUGCAAGUUCUGGAGGAGUGCAAAACUGCAAUCGGUUAG